GAGGGGACAUCCCACACCUUAAGCAGCUCGGGGAAAGGUAACGUUCUCUAGUGCCUGCUGGAUAUCGCCCACUGAAUGCUAUGGUCACUAGCCAUCAUGUUUUGAACUCUUAACCCAUUCUAUGAUAUGGUUGAUGCCAUCUAGAGAAACCGCCUUGUGGGACGCUUCGGGGGACUCUUCGGGGGACGCGUUGGCAUUCAACCCUAUUAAGCAAUGCUAGGUUUAGGUUCAUAUCACUAGGGUACUUGAUAUACAUAAAAAUGUGCUGCACAAUAGUCGAAAUACAUCAAGUACCUUCGUGGUUUAAACCUAAACCCAACAGUGUUCAGCACGGUUGAAUGGCAAAGCGUCCUCCGUUGCGUCCCCCGAGGCUUCCCGCAAGGUGUCGUCUCUAGAUGGCAUCCACCAUAUACUGACUGUGGGAAACUGGGCUGCACCUCUAGCAUAUAAUACAAAGGGUCUAGGACACAUAAUACGGUGGGCGCCUCCUCCAAAUCCACAGAACUCAUUCAAUAGGCCUCGGUAGACCCGGUAUAAAUUGCGACGCACUACUUAGGUUCCCCAAAUUCCAACUACCAAAGCCAAAGAAAUAAACACACAGAUUUCAAAAAAAUAGAAUUGCCAUGGUUCGUCACCGCGUACACUUCAUGUUAGGAACAGAUGAGUGGGGUAUGCAAUCCCCCUCCUUUAUCUCGCCGCGAAGUGAUUUCUAGGGCUGACACUAUUUCAAACAGACGAAGACCCAACUCCUCCAAUUUCGGAAUAUGUAAAGCUAUACUCAACUGUCACGUCCGCAACCGCAAUCGAAACUCAAUCCGUUGCCAAAAAUGUCUCGUGGUGCGAAGAGAACAAAGUGGAUGGGAUCUGGGAAGAGAUUGUACGAGUCAGAGAACUAUCUUGCAGAAAUCCAAAAUUCAACGGGUGGACCGCGGACGAAAUCAUUGACAGCUUGCUCAUCGAUGAAUACCAGAUCCGUUGGGAAGCUGCUAGAGAGGCGGAUGAGGCGCAGGAGAGGGCAAGAAUUGAGGAAGAGGAGAGAGAGGAAUGGGAAUUCCCAACAGCAGAUACGCCCUCGACAGAUUUGACGUCAUCUCUGGAAGAGGUUGUGAACCACCCUAGAUCUGCGGUGGUCGAGCUCGGCAACUUAGAGCAUCUUGAGAUUUUAGCUAACAAUCGAAUUAAUACGAUGACAAACGAGAGGUUUAGUGCUGGAACGAGCCAGCGUUUGGAGGAAGAAUGGGGUGUUUGGUCUGAUGAAGGAGAAGAAGAGGAAGAGGUUGUCACAAACCCAGAAUUUAUUGAGGGAUGUCAGAGAGUUGGCCCAACAGUAGGGAAACAGGAGAGUGAGAACAAAGAAAAGGUUCGGAGGGUCUGGCGUUAUCAUGGGAAGGGGGAAGGAUAACACUGGAUCUUUAGGCUCUUGUGAAAUUUAAUUCUUUCUCGAUGUUCCCCCGGUGGUUUAGUUCCAUUGAUUUUCCUUCAAUGUCUUACUUGUGAUAGCUAAGCCCGAGGGAGGGGUGCUUAAGUUUGGGAAAUCGAGCCCUGGAGGCAAACUAUCGGAUUCAGAGCCCAGAUACCAUCAUCUCGGGUCUGUGGGUUUGAUUAGAGGAGGAUAUUCGAGCACAGAAAUUGUUCGCUCCCAAGGAGAUCACUUCGCUAUCCAUUAAGAUCAAGCCGAAAUAUCGUCUCUCGUAAACAUGACUCAGUGCUACCAUGGCACAAGUGAAGAAGGGCUCGGAAGUAUGGAGUGACAGGAGCAGGUAAAGAGGAGUAAUAGUGGUUAUCCUCUACUCAAAUCUUAUCCCCAGAGGCAGAUAGCACAUUCCCCCUUGGCAAGGGAGCGAUGCCCACCUGAAAGAUAGAAGCCAUAGAUGCCACCCCACGCCCAAUCCAUUUUUCAUAUCCUUUUCGCUUCGCGGAACCAGGGAUGUUCCCGCAACCUAUGCCUCCAAGUGGGCCAGGCCCACAAAGUCUCUAUAGGCCUCCUGUACGACUGACGGAAAACUCAAUUCACCCCGGGACACCACAAGAAAACAAAAACAACCAAAAACAACGAGAAUCGGGAAAAGAAGCCACACAUUUGUGUUCGCCAGGCCACAUAUUGGUUGGACGUUCAAUCUUACACCAGGUAACUUGGUAGCUUAUUUAUCCCUUCGCAAACUUUACACUCGCUGCCUAGAAACACAAAGAACACCACAGCAAUCAUGAUGACCAAAACAAAGGGAGAGCCGCGGGUAUAACCCUACCUCCGGUCCAGUAUCAUACCUCAAGCGGGGGCCCACAGAUUUAUGCCCUGAUUGGCAUGCCACCUGAAAAAGAAAACUGAGUUUUCCACAAAACAAAGGAUCCUUUAGAAUAAAAAUACCGAGUGUUGAUGGAAAUACUGAUGUUUGGCCAUGACCAAUGUCCUCAGUAUUUUAACUGUGUGGAUGGACUGAAGUUUUUUUUUUUGUUUUAGGGUAUAAGAGAAGAAACCAUAGUGAAAGGUAUAAGGGUUUGACAGUGCUGAAAUUGGAAAAUAUGAAGACAGAAAACAUUUUUUCUGUGCUUGUUGUAUCAUAAUUGAAAAUUAUAUUAAUUGUUAAGAACCCUUUUUGCUGAAAUAUAUAGCUAGAAUUUACCUCACUCUUUAUUUACAAUGUACACUAAAAAUCCGAGGAAGCACUUCCUUGUCCUAAUCCCCAGUCUCUAAUAAAUAAUACUAUUCCUACUAUUGUGGAACAAAAAUAGCUAUACCAUAAUAGAAAUAGGUUUCCGGGAAAUACUGCACAAGGCAAAUAUAAACUGAAGUAUAAAAAUACCACGGUAUUGGUGUACAUGCCGAACACACCACAGUUUAUUUAUCCUGUCACGUAGAAAUACUUAGGAAAAAUGGAAAUACCAUGGUGCUUGUGGCAUGCCAAACAGGGCCUUAGUUGACCAAAACUCUGUUUGCAAGCAUCAAAGGCCAGCAACCUUCAGUUUCCUCAGAGUCCCUCUUCACCUUCCUUCUGGAAAGCAGCAAAGAGAAGGUGGUUUCAUUACCCUCGGGGCGCCUGUAUGCCCUAUCAUGGGCCCUCUUGGUGGAAAUCUCUUGCUGUCGACCGAGUUGACUAUUCGGCAUUGCUUACGAGAGAGAAUUUAGAAUACUAUGUGGUUGGCAAAAUCACCUUUCGGGUAACAUCGGCGGGGAAGUGUACUAUCGGAGGUGUGAGACCUUUAGGUACUGCUACCGUAUUUUAACCCCUAGUAAACCUGCUUAUAAAAUGCCGGGGUAAGAGGUCAAUAGAAACAGUUGAAAACUGAAUAUAGCUGAUGGCUGAAGAGGCACUUUCUGUCUGUUUUCCUACGUUCGGCCAGUGGCUAAAUCCCCAGGGUGGUUUCAGGGGAAAGUAUUCCGAGUGGGUCCCUAAGCUACACUUCAAUUACAACCCCUUGCUCAGUCCAUACGGAAAUACAGGGGGGAAAUUCCGGAAAUAAUAUAUUAGCGUGCCCCAAGUAGUUGUUGGACCUUUGCCGUAAGGGUUCCUGCGGUUUGUUGACCCUGUUUGAUAAAAAAAAAAGUUUCAAGUCUUGGAUUAUAU